UUUGGAAGGGGAGGAAUAGGGAAGAAGUUAGUUGAGUCGGGUUGGGGCUGGGUGAGGAGACGGACGGAUAUCAAGAGGGCAUCUGCGAGCUUGGAAAGAACAGAGAGCAACAGUUCCAGAUUGUGGUGGUUGUGAUUGAUUUUGAGACCAAUCUGCCAUUGUUCGCUAAGUUGUGGCCUCUCACCGUACUCUGCUGUGCCGAGCGAGGGGAAAAAGUGGAGUCCUCUCUCGGGCGGACCAGGCGGAGGAGGAGUUUCAGGGGUUCUGAGAUUGGGGCUAGAUUGGAUUAGAAAUCGGGUCAAGAACACUCAAGUUGUGACAUGUCUGUGUUGAUCAGGCAGAGAAAAGAAGUCGACAUCUUUUGACGGAGGAGAAAAAGCAGUCGGCCCGCUCAAAUACCGUGUGGGGAGUGAUUGUGGAAAAAUUUGCUGCUAGAUCUGUAGUAGGAGAAAGCGAAGAACGAGGUUUCCUGUUUAUUUUGUGUGACGAAUCGGAUAAUCGACGAGAUUGGUUUGAGGAAUUCCUAGUGUAUUGACCGACAGUAGCAGAGAUGCCGGCCGGGACGGUCGAAGUGUUUCUAAUAGGCGCCAGUGGCAUCAAAGACACGGAGCUCUUCGGCAAGGCAGAUCCGUAUGCCACCUUGGCGUGUGGGAAGCAAAAGCUGCGGAGCAACGUUGCCACAAAUCAAGGCUCAAAACCAGUUUGGAAUCAAAGAUUCAGCUUCUAUAUUGACGAUCAAGCAACCGAGCUACAAAUUAAAAUACUCAACCACAAUUACUUGACAGAAGAUGAUGAAAUCGGAAGCACUACGAUACCCUUGGCCAAAGUAUUUGCCGAAAGCAAGCUGCCAACUACUAGCUAUAACGUUCUUCGACCGUCUGGCAGAACUCAAGGGGAAGUAAAAUUGUCAAUCACAUUCACUGCAAAGAAGAAGGCAGGCACUCAACCUAGCUCUGGUCGUUACGGUUCUGUUUCUGGUUCUGUUUCUUCUAAGCCUUUCCCUCAACCUUACGUUCAGGGCGAGCCUGAGCCCAGCCACAAGCAUGACCCCUUGAGAGGUCCAGAUGGAUAUCACAGGAAGCCAAAUGAUUCUCUACCUUAUGGCUCCGGAGUAGGGAGUUGGACCAACAACAACAGCGACGAAGGAAGUACUCGACCCCCCUAUGGCAGUCAACCUUCUUAUCCGAGCGAUUCUGAUGGAAGCAGCAAACCUAGACAUUCAGGGAGCAGCGAGUCAGGCAGCACCAGACCUUAUCCAGUACCUGCAGCGUCUCCUUCUUAUCCAACAGGAUUGUAUCCGCCCCUGGGACCUCGGGAUAAAAACGAGAGCCCUGCUACGUCGUACGAGUAUUCUCUUCCUGCGAAUGGAUCUACUCAUGGGACUGGUUAUCCUCACGUGCAUCCUUAUGCACCGUCAGCUCCUGUCGAAUACGAAUCAAACCAUUAUCACCAGCCUCCUUACGAGCAGCAUGUGACUCACUUGGGUGAACCGGGUGACCAUGGAGGCAUACCCAGGCCAUCUCAGUAUCCUCCGAUACAUCAUCCUUCUUCUCCUGCGGGUCCCAGUCAGAAACAUCGUAAUGCUGAUUAUCUUGAGGACGUCACAGCAGGCAUUCAAGCAAUUCCUUUAGGUCAUUCUGCCGAUGGUAGUUCUCAAAGUUACGGAGCUCAUCCAACGACCAGACCACCACCAAAUCCAUAUCCCAGCGGAAGUUCGCAUGGAAAUUAUCCCGGGUACCCUUCUGGUACAGGCAAAAUGAAUGAAAGAAACCCAUCUGAGUAUCCGCCUCCAAGUGUGUACCCCGGUGGAGGAUAUCCCCCGUCUGAAGGAAGCAGUCAUGGGAAACCACCUGCCAGUGAGUAUUCCUAUCAUCCUCCUACUUAUCCGCCGCCUGCUUACCCUCAUUCUGAUAGUAGUAGCCACGGGAAUUACAGUGCCCCACCUGCAGGUUAUCCUCACCAAUACAGCAAUCAUGGUCCAAUGUCUAGUCAUUAUCCUCCGCAACCUCCCAUGUAUAUGGGUCAACAUGAAUCUUACCCACCAGUACCUUUCUAUCAUGCACCUCCAAAUCACUACGUUCCAGCUGGUUAUCCCAAAUGAGCCGUCAACAUUCGGAAGUAGCCUGGAACGUGAGCUGCCGACUGAACUGUGUGCUGCUGGUCUCGGUACAAGUAACUGACCAGGUAUUGCAGGUGAUCGAUCACUUCGCAGGAGAUACUUUGUUGCAAUCCAUUUGCCAUUACGAGGAUCAGGAAGGCGGUACUCACUCGGGUUAGUUCCGAAAGCGAAAAAUAAUGUAAAGGCACAAGUGACGGUUAUUUGUGGGCUUCGUUUGGACAAGUGGGAUGUUGAAAGGAGUACUCGGUCCUUACCUACAUAAUCUGCAAGCAUGACGGAGGCUCGAUGCAGGGCACAGGGUAUGGAGGUUUUUCGGUGGUCUCUAGGUUACAUCAGUUGAGACAGCUGAUGUCUACCAACAUCCUUAAGAGAGGUUAGACAUGAGGACUGACGUUAUGAUAAAGAGGUAGAGAAGUCUCUCUCAGCAUUGUAUAAAAAAGCGGACUUUUCUUAAACUUUACUUCUGGAGGAUUCUUUCGUCAGAAGCAGAUUUGGGCAUAAUUUACCUUCCGACAUGAACGAUCGUCCUUACAGGUGGGACCAAGAACGGAGUGUACAGUGAUAGACCGCUGCUUCAUGAUUACUUCGUAAUCUUAGUCCUAAUGGUUUUGGCGUGGGUAUUCGAUUGUUUUAAGGAAGGAUUGGGCCUUGUGAUAUUUUGCCACUUGACGAGAUCACGUAUGUUAGAAUUUUGGUGCAGUAGGUACAAAAGAACUGAAGACAAGUUCCAAGGUGUAAGUUUGUGGAGAUCUUAUAGUAAGACGAUUAGAGAUUAGAGCUAUUGCGUUAGAGAAAGGGAUGGUACGAUUCAAGGUUAAUAAGAGCUUCUUCAACUCCGUGUUUCAUCAAUGUUAGAUAUCUAUGGUGACGUGCAGGAGCUUCAAGGAAGUAAGCCUAAAGCUAUUGAGAUGUAUUCUGAUCUAUUGUAUUUUUCUGUAAUGGUGGAUGGCAAUAAACCCUUCUAGAUAUGUAUUAUAAGCUACGCAUGGG